ACAACAGCUAGCAAGCGGUUGGUUUUGUUCGUCGCACGGUUUUUUUUUUCGCGCAUGCAAAUUAAAUUUUAUUAAGCGCAUCGUUAGUGCUUCGUUUAACCGUGAGCUUGCUGGUCAACAAAAAACAAGCUUAAACGUGACGCGUCUUGAAGCUUAAUAAAAGAGCAACGCUUUGUGCAGUAACAAAAACAACAACAACGACUUUUCGUGCAAGUUUUGUUGUUGCUAACUUUAUUUUGUGGCUUGUCUUUCGUGCGCGCAUUUCCAUGGAAAAGCGUUAAUAGUUGUUGUUUUAAUUUAUGCGAAAAAUUGCACAAAGCAAAUGUGAGGGAAUAUGUAACAAAAAUAAACGCUAAGCACGCACACAAGCAACAACAAUUACAGCAGGCAAAUAAAAGGGGAUAAAAACGUAGAAAUAUUUGUGCAAAACACUGUGACGAAGAGAGUAGUGCGGAGAGAGAGAGAGAAAUAGGGAAAGAAAUUGUGUGAUUGUGUGUGUGUGUGGGCAACUAAAUUAAUAUUAAGCGGCUUCCUUCUUGCUUCUCCAUUCGCCAUUUCUAUACACAUAUGACGACGAUGAUGAUGGCCAAUUUCCAUGUAGAAACAACAACGCAGCAAUGUUGGCGUCCAAUCCAAAGCCAGCUGCUCUGCCAGCGAGUGUAAACAAAGCAGCACACAAACACACACAUACACAUAUAUAAACAGCCGUAGUCUCAGCGAGACAUAAACAGCGACGCCGACGUCGCAGCCUGCGUCCUUCACCUUCUGCUGCUGCUGCCAAAGCAAACAACACAUAUUAAGUUUCAGUUUCAUCUUUGCAACCUGUUCAAAAAGACAGGAAGUUUCGCAAAGUGCAGCAGCCUAUAACAGCAACAACGACGUCGACGACAACGGAAGCGUCAACGUUUCGCUGAGUGCAGCUGUUCCCAAAAAAAAGAAAAGAAUCUGUUCCCAAAGGGUGGUGGUGAUCACAUAUCCAGGAUGGGUUCACCAGCCGGCGGGGAUGGCGGUCAGAGCGAGACGGCCUGGCUGGAGGAUCUGCUGCGUGAGGUGCAGCUGGAGCAGUUUCUGGAGCGGAUACGCGAUGAUCUUCAAGUGACGCGAUUGGCGCACUUUGAUUACGUUCUACCCGAUGAUCUGGAACGUUGUGGACUGGGGAAACCGGCGAUAAGGCGUCUCAUGGAGGCGGUGCGGAAGAAGAAGGCGCAUCAAUGGCGUAAGAAUAUACUGUCCAAGUUGAUUGGCGGUGGCAAGCAGCCCUCCUCCAAGAAGCAACAACAACAGCAGCAGCAACAACAACAACAGCAACCCGGUGCAUUAACCUGUUUGAUACAUGAGAAGGAUAUUACCUUGGGAUUGAAACUGGGAGAUGGUUCCUUUGGCGUGGUGCGACGUGGCGAAUGGAGUGCAUCUCCGGCUGGCAGGGUGCUACCCGUGGCCGUCAAGGUGCUCAAGUCGGAUAAUCUCACUCAGCCCGGGAUCAUUGAUGACUUCUUUCGCGAGGUGCAGGCAAUGCACGCCUUGGAUCACUCGAAUCUGGUGCGUCUCUACGGCGUUGUCCUCUCCCAGCCCAUGAUGAUGAUCACGGAGCUGGCGGAGCGUGGUUCCCUCCUCGACACGCUGCGGAAACAGUGUCGCCACACUUCCCUGACCCACAUCUGGAACUGGUCGGUGCAGAUAGUCACGGGUAUGGCCUAUCUGGAGCAGAAGCGCUUCCUGCAUCGCGAUCUCGCCUGUCGCAAUGUCCUACUCACCGCUGGCAAUAAGAUUAAAAUUGGGGACUUUGGUCUAAUGCGUGCUCUGCCCCAGGAGGAUGAUUGCUAUGUCAUGUCCGAGCACAAGAAGGUUCCGUUUCCCUGGUGUGCACCCGAAUCCUUGCGCUUUCGUCAAUUCUCCCAUGCCUCGGACACUUGGAUGUUUGGCGUUACGCUCUGGGAGAUGUUUAGCUUUGGCGAGGAUCCUUGGGUGGGUCUAAACGGUUCACAGAUCCUGCGUAAAAUCGAUCGGGAAGGGGAGCGACUGCAUCAACCGGACGCCUGUCCGCCGGACGUGUACGCCAUGAUGCUGCAGUGCUGGGACAAGACGCCCCAGGAGAGACCCACCAUGGCGGCACUCAAGGAAUACCUGGCGAGCAUGUCGCCACCCGUGCUAAGAGCCAGCCGAAGUUACCACGACUCGAAGGGACUGCAAAUCGAGGCGGGAGAUGCAAUUGCCAUCAUCGAUGGACGCUCGGAGCUGAAGCUGAUCAAGGGACAGAAUCAACGCACCUACGACAUUGGCGUCUUUCCGCGUGCUCUGCUCCAGGAGCAGCAGUCGACGUCGACGUCGCGUCGUCCUGGCGAUGUCACCAUGCGUGGGCAAUCCUCGCAGUUUGGUUUCUGCUGGGGCGGGGCAGGUGGCGCCACAGCGCCCAUGGGCAAUGCUGGCGAGGAGCGGCAGAGGAAGUGCGUCUCUCUACAGGCUGGACAUGCCAAGGAGUCCAAGAAUAAUUCCAGCAAACAAUUUGCCUAUAAUAAAUUGAUAAAUGAUACAGCUGGACUGCAACGUCGCAAUGCGGUGAAACAGAAGCUAACCGCAGGACCACAACGUCCUCCUCCACCUCAACAACAACAGCAGCAGCAGCAGGAGGGCAUACUCAUAGACAUUUCACCCAUGACCACGGGUGAAAGUAGCUCUUUACAGCUGGAUAAUUCGUUUUGUUUGUUGGAUGCGCCCAUUGAUGUGCCCACAUUCAAUGAGAGUGGCGUAGCUAGUGAUGACCCCACCACGCCCACGUAUUACCAUGAACAGCCGCAAUUUGAUUUCGCUUUGGAUGCUUCUCCCGGUCGUCUGCAGCCGCCGCCUUAUCAAAUGCCGCCCACCUACUCCAAUACCAUGGAGUUUGCCCAGAAACGUGAGCAACAGACGCCACAACAUGAUCCCUUUGAUACGAGCAGCUUGGAGGCCUCAACUGCCCUGCAAUUGUAUUCCAAUGCGGCUGCAGUGGCUCCUGUUGCUGCUCCAGUGGCUACGUGUGCCUCGCCAGCUGUUCGAAAGAAUCUAUUUGGCGAAUCCUUGAGCAAUGGUCAUGCCAACAAGGAGAAUAUACCUGCGCUGGAGUGUCAGCUGAGUCAGCUGUCAUUGGAGCCAGUUAAUCCUAAUACAGAAAGCGUGCUGCUGGACAAAUCCUUUAUAGCGGAGCUGGAGAAGGACAUGUACAGUGGCAGCAAUAAAGCGCAAGAGGAUUAUGAACGCAACUCCUCGCAAAUGUAUGCCAACAAGGAGUUUGUCUACAAAGCGAAUCUAACGCCGCUUAAGAAUGGAGCAGCAGGAAGUCUAUCAAAUCACUCCAGUCCCAAUGACAGCAGCAAGCAGAGCAAUCUGGAGACCAGCAACACACAGGCUGUAGUGAAUCGCAUUUGGUAUGAGCGUGUGGCAGCCACGCCCUCCGAAUACUACGCCCAGCCGCCUGUAGAACAGCCUGCUGCUCCUCUGGAGCAGCCUGACCCUGCCGAGCAAUUGUAUCAGAAUCAAGCGCAGACUUCGCACUCCUUUGUGGCCAUCUCCAAUCGUGUGGUCACACCCAAAAGCAACAACAGUCUGUAUGCUAGCUCCUCAUCGCUUUAUGCUGGCGGAGAACGCUAUGAUGCAGUGGCGCCAUCCAGUUACUAUGGCCAGGUGCCUGCAACAAACAAUGGAGCUGCCAUCUAUGAUGAAGUCACACUCGAUGAUUAUCUGCGUCCACAUCGUCCAGCGCCUUUGGCGCCACCUCCGCUCUCCGCCCAGCAAAUCCAACGACGUCUGGACAAGAUGCGACUGCAGCAGCAACAACAGCUGGAGGGAGCACAUCAACUCUAUGCACCCAUACCUGCGGAUGCACAGCGGGAGCAGGAGAAACUGCAGCAACUAAUGCAGGAACUGGGCAGCUCCGCCGUAGAGCAGGAUGUGCGGAAUGCUCUGCGUGCAGCCAGCGGAGAUCUUCAACUGGCCAUGCGGCACUACAAGAUCGAUCAGCUGUGCCGACUGGGCGUGGCAGGGCGGGCACAGUGUGAGCAGGCGUUGUCACAAACCAAUUGGAAUCUCGAAUUGGCUGCCGAAUUUCUACUGCAAACCACUGUGGAUUAAUCCACAAGGCACAAAUCUCUGUAGUUUAAGAAUUUUAAGCACACACUCUUUUUAAUUUAAUUUAACUUAAGUCACUCGCAAAUAACUCGAAUUCUUUUUUUGCUAAUACAAAAGAAAAAUACUCGGCUUGAAUUUCUGUAGCAACGACACGAAUAUCUAUAUAUCUCGAUAUAUAUAUACAUUAUAUUUGUUUUAAGUACUGAAGUUUUUAAGAAAUCAAUUGUUAUUGCCUUACGCUCUGUACAUAAGUGUAUGCAAAUGAAAUUAUUUUGCACGCUAUUUAAAAAACUAAUAACAAACUCUCGAUGCAACGGCUGCUACCUAUUUAGUUAGUUAUUAAAUCAAUAAAUUAUAUGUAAUUGUUACAAAAACAAAA